GUUCGUUGUCGCAACCGUUGUCGAGCAGAAUCGGGGACAUUAUGCUGGCGCAUGUGCUUCGGGAAUACAAUAUCAACAGGAUACUUUUGUCGCGCUUGGGUCUCUGGCCGUUCCAGAGCAAGCUGGCGAGGUCCUUGUUACCGAUCUUUUGUCUCUUGCUCGAAAUGAGUUACUAUCCGUUCGAGAUCCUGAUGUUUUACGAUCAUCGCGACGACGCACAAAUGAUAUUUGAAAGUUGCUACCAAUUGGUCAUCACGACCGCUUUCCUCGUGAGGCUGUGGAAUGAGAUCUGGAAUCGCGACAAGUUUCAACAUUUAUACGAAGCCAUGAACGCGCAUUGGGAUGUAUUUACGGAUGACUCGGAGAUCCGAAUUCUAAAGGAGUACUCGACGGUGUCGCGAAAAUUCACGAUCUUUUACGCGACUAUGAUGUACAUUCUGAUGUCGAUGUUUGUGGUAAUCCCGUUGAUACCGGUGUUCCUGGACAUUGUGUUACCGCUCAACGAAUCGCGUCCGCGAAUCUUAGCGAUCGACGUUGAAUUUCGCGUAGACACGAGCGAAUACUUCACGCCGAUCUUUUGCUACACCACCGCGAUCAUCGUCGUAGGCGUCAGCAUCAUGGUGGGAGUGGACACGAUGCACUUCACCUGCACCACUCACGCGUGCGGUCUCUUCUUCAUCGUAGGCGAGAAAAUCGAGAACAUACUGAAAGCGGCGGACGAGAGCAAAUGCUGCGGCUGCUGCCGUCAACGCAACGUCAACGCAACGGAACUCGGAUUGUCCAACGAGCGUGCGAUAUACGACAGAUAUGUCGACUGUUUGAGAAAGUACCAGCACGCGUUAGAGUUUGUCAACAUAUUGAAUUCGACGCAUCAGACGGUCGCGGUAUUCUUCCUGUUGCUGAUCGGUGCAACCCUGAGUCUGAUUGGAGUUCGAAUCGUCUACGAGUUAAAUCAGAUGAAGGAGAUGUUUAGAUUUACGUGCAUAGUCAUGGGAGCGUUGCUGCAACUGAUGGUCAUGUGUUACUCCGGUCAGAAAUUAAUGGACGAGAGUCAGAAUGUGUUUCACAGAACAUAUGCGGCGGAAUGGUACACUUUCUCGCCGAGGCUCAAGUCCCUAAUGAUCGUAACUCUUUACAGGAGCGUUGUGCCGUGCAGUUUAACCGCAGGUAAAAUGCUGCCGUUGUCAAUGACGACUUAUGCCGGGGUGGUGCGAACGGGCGUGUCUUACUUCACGGCAUUCUUGUCACUCAAAGAUUGAUCGAUUCCGUCCAACCGACACAAU